AUGCUUAAAAUAUUGAGUAACCCACCUUAAAAGGCACCUGCUGCUAUAGAUAUUUUAUAUAUUCUUAAAAGUUUUGAGGGUAAUGACAAGAGCCAAUCAUUUCUUUUUGAUCUAUAAGAAUAAUAAUUGAUUGUUGAGGAAUACGAUAUAUAAUUAUGGCUGAGACAGAUUGACAAUGUUAAAGUAGAUAAACCAAAUACUUUUUCAAUAUUGAAUUUGAGAUCAUUGAGAUUAAACAAAAAUAAGUUUCCAGGAAAAGGAGAAUUGGUAGAUAAGGCAUUAGAAUUGCAUCAUAAUUUUGGAAGUGAAAUGUUUAUUUUAAUACUUGCACAAUUACAAAUAAAAGGAAACAUAGCAAAAGGAUAACCAUAUCUAUCAAUCUCUUAUGUAUAUUUUGUUUUUGAGAAUGAUGGUGUAUUAGCUAAUAGUGCUGAAAUAAAACCAGGACAUUAAGGUGAAACUCAAUUUGAAAGAUUAGAUUUUGCCAUGAUAUUUAAUUAUGGAGAUUGA